AUGAUUGCUACCAAAUUCUCCAAAAGGAUUCUCAGGACGACGAGGCUAGCGCGUAGAACUUUCGUUGAACCGAUCAGGAAGUUUGAAAAGGCUCCAAAAGAGGAGACAUCUAAACCCUCUGGGAUUGACAUGAUCAAGUUGAGUCAGAAGCUUGAAGAUCAGCGGAAAAGAGUGCUCGCCUUUGGAGAUGAUAUCCAUGCUGUUAAGGAAUACAAACAAGGAUUUUGGGAGGAUCAGGAAGCGAAGCACCAUCAAGAGAAAAUCCCUGGUUUUGACUAUAUUGAUUGGAAGAAGAAUGUAUGGGAUAAUCUUAAUCCUCCUCAGGAUCCAUUCCAUGAUAAUAGAAUGAAGGUCCAUGCUUAUGGAGUUGGGCAAUUUAUGAUUAACAAGUAUCAUAUAUCCGGAUCUGUGAUUAUUACACCUUCAAAAUUUUUUAAAUGGAAUAUUGACGAUCCUGAAGAGAUUAAACCACAUACUUUAGAGGUUUUCAGCUAUAUUAAGCCAAGACCACAAUAUAUAGUCAUUGGAACUGGAACUUCUGUUUAUGAAUUUCAUCCUGCCUUUAAAGCUCAUUUUGCUUCUAUGGGAAUAAAGGUGGAUGUUGUCGACACUUUCAAAGCAAUAACCACAUUCAAUAACUGAGUUGACGACGAAGUGAAUGUUGCAUGUGCUCUCGUGCCUACAGUUAUAUAAAUAUUUUCAACCUUG